CAUAAUGUCACUUGUCAGAAAUUAAUUACAAUCAAUAAUUUGUUUAAGCAAUACUAUUAUAUAAUUAAUAUUUAGUUAUUUAGUUAUAAUCAUGAAUCAAAACGUUAAUAAAGAUUCAAAUCCGUUGAUCAAUCAAUUAGUUAAAAAUAUAAAAACCCAUAGACCUAAAAGAAAAGUAAAAUGCAGAGGAGAAAGAGGUGUUACAUUAGAAAAAUACAGAGAAAUAAUUAAAAGAAUAAAGGAUGGUGUAUACACUAGAAAAUCACAAGAAGAAUUAUUGGAAAAAAAAAUUAUUGUCAACGAUAAUCAAGAUGAUGAUGAUGAAGAUUUAAAUGAUUUUCUCCAAAAGCAGUAUUCAAAUAUGAAAAUCAUAUGCACUCAUCAAUGCAAUGAGUGAUUAUUUAUUUGUUUCUAGAAUUGAUAUACAUAAUCUUCAUUGAGUUAACGUAUCAUCAUGUAAAUAAUCAUUCAAUUUUCUUUUUCUUCAAUCACCACGCACUAAAUAAAAAUCUACAUUUUCAUCAGAGAAUCUUUUAGCAUCUAAAAAACAAGUUGAACACUGAUAAGAUUAAUUAAGAGUCAUUUGUCCAGAUGUUACUUAGUUAAUGAUAUUAAAAAUAAAAAAAACUCUUAUCAGUUUCCUGUUUAAAAAAAAAAUAAAAUGAUGAUUACAAAAAUAUAUCAACAUUGUUGCUUUACAUGCUAGAUAAACAAUACUGAUAUAUAAGAUUGAUAUAAAAAAAAUAUAA